GGACCUGCUGGUGACCCACAUGGUCCGAUAUUCACUUCGUCGGAUAUGCCGGCAUCGGUCUUCACUCCGGAUGAGAAAUUGCUUCUCCAUAACAUAGUGGGGGAUGUUUGCGCUGCCCCGCCUCUCACCGCGGCAAGGUCAUGCCAUGAGGAGAGGAUAUCCACCCCUCGGAGCCACAGUGGCAGGUCCGGAGGAGGGACUGAGCCAGACUGCUCAAGUAUAUUUGAGAUCGCAGCCCCGCCAGCAUCUUCUUAGAUCGAGCAUAUUUCCAACGCACGAAGCAACGUCGAUAGCCUGGUCAAUAUCGGAGAAUCAAAACUGAAAACACAAUGACGACAAACGGAACUUCCAAAGACGCGCGGCCUCAGGCCGAGGCGGUGCCCUAUCAAGGCGAACCGCUGCCGAACAAGUUAGACGAUCUCGUUAUCCCAAAUGUCCUCAGCUUGGACUGUGACGAGAGGCUCUGGGUCCCUCAAGCACAGGACGUGUGGUUCCGACCUUUGGUACUCGGUGUCUCGCAAGGCUAUUUCGUCAACCUGCUGCGGGUGCGCAAGUCCGGCAUCCUAUCUCGACACCGACAUUCCGGCCCCGUCCAGGCCACGACUCUCAAGGGCAGAUGGCAUUAUCUGGAGCACCCAUGGUGGGCGACGGAGGGGAGUCACGCGUUCGAGCCUCCUGGUGACAUCCACACGUUGGAGGUUCCGGAAGGUGUUGAGGAGAUGGUCACCCUGUUCCACGUCACGGGGGCUUAUAUCUAUGUGGAUUCUCAGGGGCGGCCGGAGGGCGUCGAGGACGUCUUUAGCAAGUUGAAGCUGGCCAGGGAGCACUAUGAGAAGGUUGGGUUGGGCGCCGACUAUGCAAAUCAGUUUAUCCGUUGAGUUCAAAGCUCUGGCGAAAGAAGAAAUGUAACCUGUACAAAAGCGCAACUGUCAAGAUCGACUUCUUCGAGCGUAGGUUUAAGGCGUUUGGAUGUGACAGCGUGGUGGACGAGAAAUGCAUGUCUUGG